AUGAUGUUAAAAGAGGCGAAAGUAUUGACUUUAGGAGAAUCCACUAAUCCAAAAGCACGGACAACUUGGCCCUCUUUUCGUGUACACUUUGACGACGACGGAUACGUCACGUAUCUUAACCUCGGAUCUUUUCGCUUGCGCAAGGGAAUUGUGGGUCUCGAUGCAUUUCGGAUGUUUUCGAAACUCUCGACUCUGAGCCUUGCAGGUACCGACUCUCCACUCUCUGACCUCAAAGUAAUUUUGGAUUUGAUUACCUCAACGAUCGAGUGCCUCUAUCUCGGUGGAAACGGAUACCAGACUCCGGUAACGCACGUAUUAGCCCCAUGGAUCGUCUCAGCUGCGCAGCUUGUCAAGUUGGACCUUCGCUAUAACGACAUGGAUAGCAGUGGGUUGUCAAGUCUUUGCGAUGGCCUUGUAGGUUCCAAUGUCAAGUCUCUUUACCUCGAAGGAAAUCGAAUUAGCGACCUAGCGGCACUUGGAAAAGUCCUUGAGUGCAAUUCGUGCAGAAUCCAAGAGCUGUACCUUGGAUCCAACCGGGUACAUGCAUUGGGUGCCAAGCAACUAGCAUCGUGUUUGAUAACAAACAGGAGUUUGAGAAAGCUUUACCUAGAGAGUAACAACAUCGGGACCGAAGGAGCGCUCGCAUUUGUCAUAGUGUUACAGAAAGUAGCUGGAGAAGUUGCGCUGGAAAAUCUAUUUGUCGACAACAACAACAUCGACAGAGAGGCAUUGAAACAAUUGGCCAAGGCUUUAAAUGAAUGUACAAACAUCAGAGAUCUUCCAUAG